GGUUUAUGUUCCGACGCUGCUGGCUGUCAGCCUACCCGAUGCCCUGCUCUGAUAGCCGGGGAUGCUGCCUUGCCUUGCCGCCGACAGAGAUGGAGUUGAGCCGCAGCAGCAGCGAAGUGUCGGGCGGAGUGUGAGACAAAGGGAGGGCGGUUGGCGUUAGUUCACCGCCUGAACCGACCGUCCGGUGGGCUUCCCCCCCCCUCUUUUUAUACCGAUAACGGAUAAACAAAAGUCCCGGUGAAGAUGAAGCUGCUGAAGCCGAGCUGGGUGAGCCACAACGGCAAACCCAUUUUUUCUGUCGACAUCCACCCAGAUGGGACAAAAUUUGCAACAGGUGGACAAGGGGAGGACUCCGGGAAGGUGAUGAUCUGGAACAUGGCGCCUGUCCUCAGGGAGGAAGAUGAGAAGAAUGAGAAUAUCCCCAAAAUGCUCUGUCAGAUGGACAAUCACUUAGCCUGUGUGAACUGCGUGCGCUGGUCCAACAACGGGCUGUACCUGGCUUCAGGAGGCGACGACAAGCUGGUCAUGGUGUGGAAGAGAGCAGCGUUGAUCGGGCCGAGCACCGUGUUCGGGUCGAGCAGCAAGCUGGCCAACGUGGAGCAGUGGAGGUGUGUGACCAUCCUGAGGAACCACACCGGAGAUGUGAUGGAUGUGGCGUGGUCGCCUCACGACGUGUGGCUGGCCUCCUGCAGCGUGGACAACACCAUCGUCAUCUGGAACGCCAGGAAGUUCCCAGAGAUGGUCACCUGCCUGCGAGGACACACGGGGCUGGUCAAAGGUCUGACCUGGGAUCCCGUUGGAAAGUACAUCGCCUCCCAGGCCGACGACCACAGCCUGAAGGUGUGGAGGACCGUGGACUGGCAGAUGGACGCAAACAUCACCAAACCCUUCAGCGAGUGCGGCGGGACGACCCACGUCCUGCGUCUCUCCUGGUCUCCCGACGGUCAGUACCUGGUGUCGGCCCACGCCAUGAACAACUCCGGCCCCACCGCGCAGAUCGUGGAGCGAGACGGCUGGAAGACCAACAUGGACUUCGUGGGCCACCGUAAAGCCGUCACGGUGGUGAAAUUCAACCCAAAGAUCUUUAAGAAGAAACAGAAGAACGGCAGCUCCCCGAAGCCCAGCUGUCCUUACUGCUGCUGCGCCGUGGGCAGCAAAGACCGAUCGCUCUCCGUCUGGCUCACCUCACUGAAGCGCCCCCUGGUGGUCAUCCACGACCUGUUUGAUAAAUCCAUAAUGGACAUUUCCUGGACCCUCACAGGUCUGGGGAUGCUGGUGUGUUCGAUGGACGGCACCGUGGCCUACCUGGACUUUUCCCUGGACGAGCUGGGGGACCCUCUGAGUGAGGAGGAGAAGAACACCAUCCACCAGAACAUCUACGGGAAGAGUCUGGCCAUCACCAACACCGAGGUCCAGCUCUCCACCACCAUCAUCGAGAACCCCGAGAUGCUCAAAUACCAGCAGGAGCGCCAGAACUCGGCCCAGACCAACGUGGGAGCCGCCGCCGCCGGGCCGGAGUCCGCCGCGCCCAAAGUCAACAGCGUGAUGAACGGAGAGUCUCUGGAGGACAUCAGGAAGAACCUUUUGAAGAAGCAGGUUGAGACGAGAACGGCCGACGGAAGAAGAAGAAUCACGCCGCUCUGCAUCGCUCAGCUGGACACGGGGGAUUUCUCGCCGGCUCUGUUCAACAGCGCUCCCAUCCUGCCCUCCGGCUCUUCCCUGUCCAAUCAGCUCGCCCCGCAGCUCAACUCGGACUCCAGCCCCGGACAGCCCGCCUCUCUGGGUCUGAGGCCCAGCCAGGACGGCGUGCUCACCUCGCCUCCUGCCAACAGCGGCGCCAAAGGCCCGGAGGACGACAGAGACGGCCUGAAGUCCAGCCUGCUGCUCACCUCAGCCUCCAAGAUCGAACCCAUGAAAGCGCUGGACUCCCGCUUCACGGAGAGGUCAAAGGCCACGCCGGGGGUCCCGUCGGCCAUCUCCUCCACGGCGGGACUCACGCCUCUGGAGAGGCCGAAGGACGGCGUCUCCGCCCUGAAGGAGGUCAAAACCAAAGAAGAAACCAGCAGCGACAGCGAGGACAAGAUGGCCGCCAUCAACAAGAACCUGUCCUUUGCCAAGAGGAAACCUGAGCUGCUGCUGGACGGAGGAGAAGUCGUGGAGAAGAGGAAGAAGGGCCGGCCGAGGAAAGACAAGAUGGCCGCCACCAUAGCUCAGCCGUUCACCCAGGUAAGGAGCGGGAAGCGGGUUUCCUUUCUGUCCCGCCACAGUUACGGCGCCGCCAGACCAGAACAGGAAGUAACCAGAUCUCUCUGCUCGGCCGGCCGCCUUCAGAUUACUCCUCCUCCACCCGAGCGGGAGCCCAGCAGGGCUGCAGCUCCUCCACCGCCUGCUGCCGUUCUCAGACUGCCCACCCCGAGUCCACAGAAGGCCUUCAGCCUGCAGGUGAGCAUGGAGCCGUCUGUGUUCCUGGAGGUGGAGAACGAGAUGUCGAUGGUUGCCGGUUCAAAGCUCAGCCAGCUGCGUUGCUCCAGAGACGGACGGGACUGGAACACGCUGCUGCCCAGCUCCGUGCUCGUGGCUGCAGGGAGCAGCGACGUCCUCGCCGUCGUCUGCGACGACCGGAUGAUGUCGGUGUUCUCCUGCUGCGGGCGCCGCCUCCUCCCCGCCAUCCAGCUGGCCUCGCCCAUCUCCGCCCUGCACUGCUCCGCCCACUUCGUCAUGGCGCUGACCGCCGGAGCGGCGCUGUCUGUCUGGGACGUCCAGAGGCAGAAGGCCCUGGUGAGGAACGAGUCUCUGCAGCCUCUGCUGUCCGGCGCUGACACCACCGUGUCUCAGUCCAUGCUGACCCAGCAGGGCGUUCCGGUCAUCGGUCUGUCCAACGGGAAGUCCUACUGCUUCAGCUUGUCUCUGGAGACGUGGACUCUGGUGGCCGACAAAGGAGACUCUCUGGUCCAGUGCGCCGACUUCAGGAGCUGCCUUCCCUCCCAGGACGCGGCUGCGUCUUCGGGGCCGCUGGCCGUCGUGCAGGGACGCAACCUUAACGCCGGGCGGCUGGCGUCCCGCCUGUCGUCCACGCCGCACCACCUGCAGCAGAGCAUGACGCUCGCCUUCCUGGAGAACCAGCUGGCGUCCGCCCUGACGCUGCAGUCGUCGCAGGAGUACCGCCACUGGCUGCUCAUCUACGCCCGCUUCCUCGUCAACGAAGGUUCUGAGUAUCGCCUGAGGGAACUCUGUAAGGAACUUCUGGGUCCGGUCCACAAAUCGGCCUCUUCAUCCUGGCAGCCAGCGACUUUGGGGCUGCACAAACGGGAGCUGCUGCGGGAGGUUCUGCCCGUCAUCGGGGAAAAUCUGCGCUUUCAGAGACUUUUCACAGAGUACCAGGACCAGCUGGAGCUGCUACGCCUCAAAUAACACCCGGACUGACCCAAACACGCAGACUGAAACCAGUCGGGCCCGGUUCCGCUCGGCCCGGUUCUGGGAAACCCCCCCACCGUGCUGUUGGAGUCUCGUCUCCUGCUGAGGCCGCAGAAACAGAACCCAGGUGUUUGUUUGUUUUUUUAUUUACUGGCACCUCCAAACAGGUCCUCCUCUGGUUGGACACCGGACCUCUUCAGAACCACCGGACCUCUUCAGAACCACCCGCACGCUUCAGAACCACCGGACCUCUUCUUCCAGGUUUCCUUUUGAUUUGACCGCGUCUCUUUUGUUCCGCUGCCUUUCCGGGUUUUCCAAUCAUGAGUUUCUGAAGUUAUUUCCACGGAGAAGGUGAGUGAAAGACUGGAUCCUGCUGAUCAGAACCGAUCAGAACCGAUCCUGCCGAUCAGAACCGACGCCGAGGGGGCAGCACGGACGUGAAGAGGCAGAACCCUCGGACCAAAGCGGCAGCUGUCCAGUUCUUGCAGGUUCUGAGCGACGGGUUCUGGUCAGAGAGCACUUAAUGAUGUUCAGAGAACAGAACCAGAAACGGGUCGCUCCGACUGAACAGAAUUUCUGUUGGUUUCCUCUGAGGGGAACCGGUUCUCCCGCGGCGGGGAGACCAGAACAUCACGUCAGACUGAUGAUAAGGAGAGAAAUACGAAAAGUUCUGCUGGUACCGGCCAGGACGGCCCGCUUUUUUAGACCUUAUUUAUAAUCUGUCAGAAUCAGGUGGAAAAGGGUCCGUUUAGAAUCAGGAAUGUUUUAAAGGUCCGAAUGUUCAUCAUGAUGGCUGUGGGUUCUGGAAGAACAUCUUGUUUCAUAAAUGUUUCGCCUCGGACUUCUUCUGCGAUCAGAGACGAGCUCCGGACCCGACGCCGGAACCGGUUCGGGUUCCCGCCUGCAGGUUCUGAGCCGGUGUGCCGCAGCGUUGGCGCUCCGAGCGGACGGACCGGUCCCUCCAGAACCAGCUGGUUUCUUUCUCCUGCUUCUGUUCUGUCUUCUUUUCAAAUCUUUGUAAAUGUUUUUUCUUAUGUUUUCUUUUUCUUUUUAUAUGAGAAAAAGAAAAAAAAACACUGAGAAGAAAUUUUUGUUUUUGGAGCAAAAAUGGAGAUUAAAAGUGAAACUGAUGAGUUUGA